AUGCCGCAGAUUCGACUGGACACCAUUGUCACUGGAGAUGAAAAAUGGGUCCCUUACGUCAACCACACCCACAAACGUGCCUGGUGCGCUGGCGAUGAAAUGCCGGAUCCUUUCGUGAAAGGUGAAAUCCAUGAGAAGAAAGUCUACUGCGUUCAACCGCAAAGACUGGGUGACAAGAUCCGCAAGGAGCACCCGAAGCUCGACAACGUUCGCCUGCUGCACGAUAACGCGCGCCCUCACAUCGCGAAGAAGACUUCCCAGAAAAUUCUGGUGCACGGAUGGGAAGUUCUACCGCACCCACCGUACAGCCCAGACCUGGCCCCGAGCGACUACCACCUCUUACGCUUCAACAUCACCUGGAAGAGAAACGCUACUAUGAUGGUGACCACUUCGAAAAUGACCUUCGGGCUUUCUUCGCCUCCAGAGUCCUACGCAUAA